AUGUGCAAAGCUGGGAAGCUCGAUGAUGUAAGAAAACUCUACUUGUAUCUUUCUGCUAAUAGGUUUAAACCUGAUGUCCGUACAUACAAUAUAAUGAUCAGUGGGCUUUGCAAGGGAACGCUACUUGAUGAAGCAAGCGAGUUGCUAAUGAAAAUGGAAGAAGAGGGAUGCUCGCUAGAUUUUUACUCGUAUAAUAAAUUGGUUCAAAGAUUUGUACAAAAUAAUGGAAUGCAGAAAGCAUUGCAACUGCUUCACGUAAUGGAUGAUAGAGCUAUCUUUGUGGACCCAUGCAAUGUAACCUUGCUAGUUAACCUGUUAUCUGAUGAUCGAUUAGAUAAUUCAUCAAAGGAAAUGCUUCGUGUUCAGUUGCGCCAUAAAUCUGCUAGAUUGCUUGGCUACUCAAACUAUGUAGACUAUGCUGUUAAUCAUAGACUGGCAAACUCAUCCUCAAAGGUAUUUGAGUUCUUGGAGGAACUCUCUGCCAGUUUAACUGACUUGGCCACUAGAGAACUUAGUAUGUUAAAAGACUUGAAGAAAAAAGAGGAAGGAGAUUUUCCUUUUGGAAUUGAGGAUCUGUUGUACUACGUGAAGAGAAUUGAGGAACAACAAUUUAAUUUGGGCGCUGGAGCUCUUAAACAAUACUUUCCGUUCAAUUUGGUCAUGUUUAAGAUUUGA